CCAAGGCAACCUGCAAAAACGCUGUGGUACGACCGCCCGCGGUACGUCUUCCUGGAGUUCUGCGUGGAGGACAGCAAAGAUGUUAAAGUCGAUAUUGAAGACGACCGGGUGGUGUUCAGCUGUAAAAACGCAGAUGGGGUGGAGAUGUUCAACAAGAUCAACCUGUACGCCAGGGUGAACUCCAAGGACUCGCAGCAGAAACGCUCCGACCGGUCCAUCACCUGCUUCAUAAGGAAGUUGAAGGAGAAGGUGGCAUGGCCACGCCUCACCAAGGAGAACAUCAAGCCAGUCUGGCUGUUUGUGGACUUCGAUAACUGGCGAGACUGGGAAGGGGAUGAGGAGGUGGAACUGGCCAUGACUGCGCAGUACGCAGAGCUCCUGCAGAGGGUCACCGUGAAAGCCCCACCCCCUGCAAUGGAUGACCUGGAGCCUCCCCCCUCCGUGCAGGCGCCGCUGGAGCCAGGCCGUGAGGUGCUGCUGACCGUGGACUGGGAGCGGAGGUUUGACCACAUGCAGCAGCACUCAGGGCAGCACCUCAUCACUGCCCUCGCAGAUCAGAUGUUUGGAUUCAAAACAACUUCAUGGGAACUAGGCCAUCAGCGCACUCUCAUUGAACUGGACACGCCCUCGGUGACAGCAGAACAGGUGGCAGCCCUGGAGAAGAAUGUGAAUGAGAAAAUCAGGGCCCAUAUUCCUGUGGUAGUGAAGGAGCACUCCGAGGAUGACCCAGAGAUUGAGACAGUGAGAAGCCGUGGCUUGCCAGAUGACCACACAGGGCCAGUGCGUAUCAUAAGCAUUGAGGGCAUAGACGAUAACAUGUGCUGCGGGACUCAUGUCUCCAAUUUAAGUGACCUGCAGGUUAUUAAGAUCCUUGGCACAGAAAAGGGGAAAAAGAACAAAACCAACCUGGUCUUCCUGGCAGGAAAUCGCGUACUGAAAUCCGUGGAGCGAAGUCACAGCACGGAGAAGGCACUAACCUCGCUGCUCAAGAACGGUGCAGAUGAGCAUGUGGAAGCUGUGAAGAGGCUGCAGAAUUCAGUGAAGCUGCUUCAGAAGAACAACUUGAACUUGCUUAGAGACCUCGCCGUUUUGACAGCCCAGAACUUCAAAAGCAAUCCAGGCCGAGGCCGAGUGUUUGUGUUACACAGGAAAGAUGGGGACUCGGAGUUCAUGAAUAUCAUCGCCAACGAGAUCGGGACAGAGGACACCCUGCUCUUCCUGACCGUGGGAGACGAGAAGGCAGCUGGGCUCUUCCUGCUGGCCGGGCCCAGUGAAGCGGUUGAAAAAUUAGGCCCCAGGUAAGCUGCUGUGUGGCCACCUAGUGGCGGAGCACGGGGUCGCUUCCAAGGCAAGGCGACCAGGAUGAGCAGGCGAGCCGAGGUGCAGGCCCUGCUCCAGGACUUCCUUGGCCACCAGAGCCUCGAGGAGUAAGGACCCGCCCUCAAGCUAGGAGUUCCCCAUCUGCUGCUCAUUGGUGACAGGGUCACUUGCCGACUCCCUCUAGACCAAUAAAAGUUGUGUUCUGAGAA